GACAACAAGGGACGCCUGUUCGAAGUAACUAACGUUAGAUAGUCGUCGGUAUGUUAGGUUUCAGUCUGGCAUAUUAGAGUAAAACUUGUAUUUGUCACGUCCUGGUCGAUGUUUAUGGAUUCUCAGAAGUUGCUACAUCUUUGAAAGGACCUCCAGGUAACGUUGAAAAAAUGCCAUUACAUGGGAAAAUAGUCGUGAUUAAGAGGAGUGGAGGAGAUGGGACUGAAUUUCCUCUCACUGCAACAUGCUUAUUUGGAAGAAACACUGACUGCGAUAUUCGUAUUCAGCUUCCUCAAGUCUCCAGAGAGCAUUGCAGAAUUGACUUGAAUGAAAACAAAGAGGUUGUUUUGACCAAUUUGAGCUCAGCAAAUCCAACACGUGUCAAUGGAGAGGCUUUGCAGCAGUCUGAACGUCUGAAGCAUGGAGAUGUCAUAACUAUUAUUGAUCGUUCUUUCAGGUUUGAGUACCCUCCAGCACCCACACCAAAGAAGAGGUCUUCCAGAGGAGGCAAAACAGAAACCCUCAAAGUCCUGCAAGAUCAGCAAGACAGUGCUAUAGUUGGAACUGGGGAAAAGAGGAUCUCUGAAAUAUCCACAGAUCCUCAUCUUAAAGAUGCAGCUAACCAUGACAAUAUUCAGCGAUCCCUGGAGAAAACUGUGGAGAUGGAGUCCAAGGAAGAUGGCAGUCUGGUGCAAAGCAAGACCGCCUCCCCUUUCAAUGAUCUGUAUCAAAUGAUCAAAAAGUCUUUGGAUGUCAAGACCCCUAGGAAGUCUUCUGCCAGUCUGCUUCAGACACCUUCCGCAAAAUUUUGCUCUCCAAAACCUGGCUCUGUCAGAAAGAGUGAUGGAAAAUGUGUGAUUUUUACAGAAGACAAAAGCACUCCCAAGAAUGUUCAAGCUAAAGUUUUAAGUGGAACCCCAGAGUCUGUAAAGAAGCAGAAAAAAGUUGUCAAGCUUCCCUCUACUGAGACAGCUGGACCAACCGGGGAAGAAGCUGAACAUCCUACCAGGUCUGAAGCAACUUCACCUCGGAGGAGAAGCAGUGCAACUCCACAGAAGUUUACUCUGAGUGAGGUUAUUGAGCAAGUUACCGCUCAAACACCCAAAUCACCUGUGAGACGGAGGAGUAAGGAAGGCACACCUUCCAAACCUGCGGUGACUAAGCAACAAGACAAGCAAGCAAUGGCUUCUCCCAAAACUAAGCAUUCUCCUAAACCAUCACCAAGGAGCUCAGAGAAAGCUGCAAAAGAAGUGGCCAAAAAACGCAAAAGUGGAGAACUUGGAACAGACCUGCCAGCGCCGAAAAUGAAGAAGAAACGGGUUUCCUUUGGAGGUUUCCUGAGCCCAGAGUUAUUUGACAAACGGCUGCCUCCUGACUCUCCGUUACGUAAGGGGGCCACUCCAAGGAGAAGCUUGUCUCUCUUAAAACCCAAAGAAUCACUUCUUAGACGGGCAUCCGUCAUUGGCUUGCUAAAAGAGUUUGACAAAGACGAUCUUAAGAAGUCACCGAGUGGCAAGAGUGCUUCUCCUAAAACCCCAACAUCUGCAAAGAAGUCACCAAAAUCCAGGUCCACUUCUCCUAAAGCAGCCUCCCCUGGGAAGAACUCUCCCAAGUCCAGGUCCUCUUCACCUAAGGCAGCAUCUCCUGCCAAGAAGUCACCAAAAUCCAAGUCCCCUUCUCCCAAAGCAGCAUCACCUGCAAAGAACUCUCCCAAAUCCAGGUCCUCUUCACCUAAGACAGCAUCUCCUGCCAAGAAGUCACCUAAAUCCAAGUCCUCUUCUCCCAAAGCAGCAUCACCUGCAAAGAACUCUCCCAAAUCCAGGUCCUCUUCACCUAAGACAGCAUCUCCUGCCAAGAAGUCACCUAAAUCCAAGUCCUCUUCUCCCAAAGCAGCAUCACCUGAAAAGAAGUCUCCCAAAUCCAGGUCCUCUUCACCUAAGACAACCUCUCCCACUGGGAAAAGAAGGUCAUCUCAAGGAGUAUCCUGUCCUGCCCCUCAGGAAAAUGCCCCCUCAUCUGGUGUAACACCAGUGAAAACCCCCGUGAGUUCAGGAGUGCAGACGCCCACAGUGCAAGGACGCUUCUCUGUGUCACGCAUCAGCACACCCUCUCCAGUUAUCGAUGUCGACGUUGUCACUGACCAGGUGCCUUCACUCAAUGUUACCCCUAAAAUACCUAUAAGGAGGAAGAGCAUGAAGAGUGCCUCGAGGAAGACUCCGAGUAUUUCCAAGAGUGCUGUAAAAAUGAUGCACAGAAAGAGUGGCCUCUCACGAGUAUCAAUGAAAGUCGCAAAUUCCUGGGCAAACAUUGUGAAAUUUGGGGAAACUAAGGCUCCAGUUGUAGCUCCACCUAAAAAGAUGAUUGCUAAAAAGACAACGAAGAAGGCAGUACCCAAACCACAGACCCCUGCAAGAAAACUGAAGGGCCUUGUGAGCACUGGACAUGCAAAUUCACCUGCUACCAUAGUUGUGGGUAGAGCUCACAAACAAAAGGUUGUACAUCCAACUGGUGCUGCACCAAGAGUGGUCACCAACACUGCACUCCUAAAAAAGAACAUGAAAAUGGAUGAGGACCUAACUGGUAUUUCUGAGAUGUUCAAAACUCCUGUAAAUGAAAAGAGGAAGUCAGUAAUCAAUGAAAACAGUGCUAUGACGACACCAGCGGGAGGUCUUGGCACAUCUGUGAUAGAACCAUCAGUGCUGAACACACCAGAGGAGCCAGAUGAAAUGAUGGUGUCUCCACUGAGUGUUGCAUCUACAGUAAAAGGCAGACAAUACAACCGUGAGGCAGUACAACGCCUCCUUAAUGGAGACCAAGAAUCUAGCUUUGUUGAUGACAUCCCUGCCUUGGAGACUCACUCCGAGUGUAGUGAGGAGCAGCACACAGAUACAAAGACAACCUCUGUAACUACUCCCAAACAGAAGCCAGAAUUACCAGAGAGUCUUACUGGAGUUAAGAGAAUCAUGAAGACACCAAGACAGAAGGCAGAACCUGUUGACGAUUUGAGAGGAAAACUCCUGAAAACUCCUAAACAGAAGUCUGAACAGAAGGAGUGUCUCACUGGAAUAAAGAGGAUCAUGAAGACCCCAAGACAGAAAGCUGAGCCUGUUGAGGACCUGAGAGGGAAGAUUUUGAAAACUCCAAAGCAGAAAGCUGAACAACAGGAGUGCCUCACUGCAGUGAAGAGAAUAAUGAAGACCCCAAGACAGAAGGCUGAACCUUUAGAGGACAUAAGAGGGAAACUUAUGACAACUCCCAAACAGAAGCCUGCACAACAGGAGUGUCUCACUGGAGUUAAGAGAAUUUUUGAGACUCCCAAACAGCAAGCUGAACCCAUUGAAGACCUUCGAGGAAAACUUCUGAAGACUCCCGAAGCCCCAGAGGCUGGCGAUGUGAGCUUGGAUGGUGUUAAAGAAGUCCUGCAGACACCAGCAAAUGUUCAAGAAUCUAAGGACCUGUCUGAAAUGACAAAUACGAAAACUCCAGACAUGAAGAGCUCCCCGAUGGUAUGUCUCACAGGCAUCAAGAGAAUAAUGAAGACACCAAAGCAGAAAAGCACUCCAGUCGAAGACAUGGUUGGUGUGAAGAGGCUCAUGAGGACUCCCAGAGAGAAAGGUGAACCUAUUGAGGAGAACUUUGGGAUCAAGAGACUGAUGAAAUCACCGAGGCUGAGGGGUAUCGCUCCAGUGGAAGACUUUGAAGGACUUCAAGAGCUCAUGGAGGAGCCACUGACUGAUCCCAUAGGACAACUCGAGACAAAUGAGGAUGAAGAUCAAAUGCCUGUGGAUGAUGGUGUAGAUGUCACAAAAGAAGUAAAUGCAAAUGAAGUAGUGAAUGACCAUUUGGAGGAGCCAACUGGCAUGGAAACUAUCUCUCAGGCAGCUGCAGAUGAGAAUGUUACUCUGGAACAACCCAAAGUAGAUGCAGUCGAUGAGAAUAUACCUGAAGUGGAGAGUGCUGCUGGCAAAGUCACAGAAAUGGAUACAGCUGUCACGGAUCUUGGCAAUGACAAGAAAUCUGCUCGAGGCAGAAGAGCAAAAACAGUGGAAUCGAAACCAGCCCAGGAUAAACAAGAGGCACCAGAACCUUUGGAGGAGCCUGUAGUCGCUGCUCCAGUCAGAGGAAGAAGAGGGAAGAAAACUGAAGCUACAGCACCACCCGCUGUUCGACAGACGACAAGAGGCAGAAAUGCCAAGACCACUGAAAGCAGGGAUGUUGAGCUCACAGUGGAAGAAAGUGCUCCUCAGCCUUCUAAAGUCGCUCCUAAGCCUAAAAGAGGAAGAAAUGCCACAAAAGCUUCUGAUGAUCAAGUUGAAAUAAUCCAAGGAACUGUCACUGAAAUCGAAAUGGCUGUAGAACCCGAGAGUGAACCGAGCCCAGCAGCAGUUGAUGUCGACCACAAAGCAAAUGACAGUGCAGCACCACUGGAGAAGGCUGUGUUGAAGCCCAGGCGAGGGAGAAAAGCUCAACAACCUGAACAGUCGGUACCAGAGCAGCAAGAUGAGCCUUGCAUGCAGACUGAGGAUGUUCCUCAAGCUGAUGUGACAAAAGAAGCUGAUGCAAAUGAAGCCUGCAGUGACCAGAUGGAGGUGAUGCCAAGUGGAGCUGAAAAUAAAUCAGAUGCCAAGAAAACUAUUCUCCAGACACCGGAAACUGAGAGUUUGCCUGAUGUGGAGACAGCAGCUUGCAAAGUCACAGAAGUGAAUGCAGGUGACGUUGAGAAAAAAUCUGUUCGAGGUAGAAGAGCAAAAGUGGUGGAAUCUAAAGAGGCUGAGGAUAAACAGGAGGCAGCACAAUAUUCUGAGGAACCAGUUAUUACAGCUCCAGUCAGAGGAAGAAGAGGGAGGAAAGAGGAGGCUACAGCACCACCUGCUGUUCGGCAAACAAAGAGAGGCAGAAAUGCAAAAUCCCAAGAAAGCUCCUCUGAUCAGCCAGCUGUUGAAACACAGCUGAUGACUGAGGUUUCCAUUGAAGCUACGAGUGCCCAAACUUCUCUGAUAAAUGCCAGUCAAGAAAAUGGUUCUGCACCUCCAGCAGAAGAAGCUGUUGUGAAGCCGCUUAGAGGAAGAAAAACUAAACAAACACCUGUUGAGCCAGCUAAGCCAGAGCCAGAACAAAAGGACGCAGUGAGUGGUGAACAAGCGCAACCUCAGCAGCCCAUGCCUGCUACUGCUGCAAAACCCAGAAGAGGGAGAAAGACAAAGCUUGAUACUGAAGAGCAACAUGAGGUAGCAGAAGACACAGUGGUCAAGGUGGAGACCACUCUGCAGUCUGAGCCUCCAGUCAGGUCUAAGAGGGGAAGGAAUGCCAAGCAAGAAGUUGCGGUGGAGAACAAUGCCAAGACUGCAGAAUCCCAAGAACCUGUUCAGAAAGGAAGGAGAACAAGAAAAACUCAGCAAGACCAUGUAGAACCAAGAGAAGUCCAAACCACUGAAGUAGUUCCAGAGAAGGAAGAGGCUCCAGUUGCUGAACCAGUGACUGUAAAUGAACAGGCUCCUGUGGCCACAAAGCCCAGGAGAGGAGGCCGAAAAGCAAAACAAGACACUGAGAGUGUAACCCAUGUGGAGUCCACUGAGGUCCAAGAGGUCCCUGUUGUCAGCUCCACAAGCAAACACCAACGCGGAAGGAGAGGAAAACAAGUUUCUGAAGAAGCUGCUGUAACUGCUGAGGAUCCUGACUGUGACCUGGAAGCUGAAGAGAAGAAAAAUGCUGAGCCAGCUGCUCCAGUUGUUAAACCCAGCAAGGCAAGAGGAGUGAAAACUUCUGUGAAAAAUGAGAUUUCACAGACUGUCCCAGCGAAGAGAGCACGUCGAGGCGCAGCUCCUCCUCCUGAAGAGGCCAGUGCAGAAUCCACUGAGUCUGCUACAACUUCUAUAGAACCAGCAAAGAGAGGGAGACGGGCGGCAGCAAAGCCCACAAAAGAUGAGGCCACGGUGACCAGUGACCAUGCAAAUCCCUCCGAAGAUGUAAACAAGGCUGUUGUCAAAGACACAAAAACGUCCAAAAGAUCUGUCAAGUGGAAAUCAGACUUGGUCGUCAUUGAGAUUCCUAAAGCAACACCUGUAAAGGCAGUUCGAGGUAGGAAGUCAAAACUUGGAGACCAAGUUGAAAACAAAAAUGUGUCUCAGGAUGCCAACAAACCUGAAGAGGAGGAUCUCUCAGAUAAAGUUGCUGAAGCUCGGCCCGCCAAGAGAGCCAGGCGAGGGGCAGCUGCUGACAAAGCUGAAGCCACGAGCCACGUGGACCUUAAGGAAACCGCUGAAGCUGAAACCCAACCUAAAACACGAAGGGGAAGGUCGACAAAGAAGUAGACACAUUUGUAUAUAUUCUUAAUCAAAACAACUUUUUGUCCCUUUUAAAAAUUUUUGUACUUUGUUUUUUUUUUGUUUUUUUUAGGUUGAAAGACACUGUAGUAAGUAGUUUUAUAGACUGAAAAUGAAGCACUGCUUUUUGCUCAGUACAGCAGGGAAUCUUGUUUUUACUUGUUUUGUGACAAGUUGCAUGUUGUUUUUCUUAACUGGUUGUGCAAAUAUUUUAUGGUGAAAAAAGUGGUUAUUAAAUUUUCUACUACGAUGGAAA